UAAAACACUGGUUCUUUGACCAUAACUCGGAGGAGGUUAUCUCAUGCCCUGAAUACUAACUUGGGGCUAUAAAUCUCAUAGGAUCUUGCCAUGAUGAACCCAUGAAAACUUUUUAGCCACGGUAAGAGAUGGCCAAGUUUUGUACACCAUUGCUUCUGCUUAUCACAGUUUGGACCACUUGGGCUGCAGCGGAAAAUCCAAAUGGAGGAGGAUUGUUGUCGUGCUUGCAAGCAGGCGGCAUAAAAAAUGUCACAGCCGUUUCCUCUGCAAACUUCGAUUCUCUGCUAGAUUUCUCUGCGCAGAAUCUUAGAUUCAUAGAGCCUCAGGUGUCCAAACCGUACGCUAUCAUUAUACCGGCAAGCAAAAGCCAGCUGCAACAAUCCGUGGUGUGCACAAUAGAAAAUGGAUGGGAGGUGCGUGUUCGCAGCGGAGGUCACAGCUACGAGGGCCUUUCCUACACAUCCGAAGUACCCUUCGUGCUCAUCGAUCUCGCCAUGCUAAACAAGAUUACAGUCGAUACAACGUCCAAAACCGCCUGGGUGGAAGCCGGCGCCACAUUGGGCGAGAUUUAUUCCGCCGUCGCCAGCAGUUCCCCCAAUCUGGCCUUUUCGGCAGGGAUUUGCCCCACAAUUGGUUCUGGUGGACACAUCUCCGGAGGGGGUCAGAGCUUCAUGUUCAGAAAAUAUGGGCUUGCGGCCGAUAAUACUCUGAAUGCCUUAUUGAUAAAUGCCUCCGGGAAGAUAAUGGAUAAAAAUACAAUGGGGGAGGAUGUAUUUUGGGCUGUGAGAGGCGGUGGCGGCGGCAGCUGGGGAGUUGUUUUCGCGUGGAAAAUCGGGCUAGUGAGCGUGCCUUCAGUUGUCACGACCUUCAAUGUGCAGAGAUAUGGUAGAGACAACGUUACAGAUCUUGUGCAUAGAUGGCAGUAUUUGGCCCCUAAAAUGGAUGAGGACAUAACCAUGCGAGUACAGCUCAUGGGUAUCAAUGUAAACGACACCAAAGUUAUCAGAGCUUUAUUCCAUGGACUAUACCUUGGGCAGAAGGAGGAGCUCGUAGCUACAGUAGGAAAGGUCUUUCCAGAGCUGGGAAUGGCGGCGAAUGAAACCCAUGAAAUGAGCUGGGUAGAAGGCAUAGCCUAUUUCAAUUCCGACCUAGAAAACAUCUCUGACCGGUAUUAUCCCAGCAAGUCUUUCUUCAAAAUAAAAUCAGAUUUUGCUAAAUCCCCAAUCUCAAAAUCAGGGAUCAGUGGCCUGUUGGACAUCUUGGACGAAGAGGUGACUUCCUUUGCAAAUUUGAAUCCUCACGGAGGGAAAAUGGACGAAAUACCUUCUUCUGCGAUCCCUUUUCCUCAUCGGGCGGGGACUUUGUUUGGCUUACAGUAUAUGGUUACCUGGACGAACAAGAGUCAGGAUGAUUACUACCUUGAAUGGAUGAGGAAGCUUUACAAGUACAUGGAGCCUCAUGUCUCGCACUCUCCGAGGUCUGCGUAUGUGAACUAUCUGGACCUUGAUCUGGGUAGUGCUUUCAAUGGCAGUGCAUCUGUUGAAGAGGCGAGAGCCUGGGGUGAAAGGUAUUUCCAUGGAAAUUUUGAUCGGCUUGUCAAGGCCAAAACGCAAGUGGAUCCACUUAACUUUUUCAGGAAUUCUCAGAGUAUUCCUCCCCUCGGGAACUAAUAUUUGUCUUUGGCCUGUAAUUACACAACAUUGAAUGCCGUUUAUGCUUUCAAUUUGUUGUCAUAUUUGUGUCUCCGGUCAUUGGUAAUUCCAAAAUGAAUUUCUCAUCUCUCUAAUUUCGAAUGAGUUUUCAGCUAAAUACCCAUUUCAAUUUCCUUCUACUACGCUUCUAGAUUUCAAUACAAGCGAUCUUCACGAAUAUGAGAAGUACCCACUUUAGAAUGUUAAAGGCUAGGUUGCAAAUCUGCAGCAUAUCGAGAAAUAUUCUCAGCCAAGCCCUGUGCAGUGUCGGAAACUAGGUAGACAUGGACGUAAAGUAGUUUUCCGGUCAGGAAUAUCCUGCCUAGGAGAAGGAAAAUGAUUACGACGACAGGAGAAGUCCACGUGGUAGUAGGUGUUGUGCUUGAACAUGGCUUCUAGUUUUAGCGAAAACAGCAU